GCUCAAGCUAUAGUGAAAGUGGGCGCGCAAAAUGGGUGGGUGCGCUUCCCGACGACGACCGAAGAAAAGGCGGCCGUGAAAGAAGGCUUCCUUCGGCUCGGCGCCAUUCCGGGAGUGAUCGGCUGCAUCGACGGCACCCUCAUCGGCAUCAAGGCGCCCAAGGGACCCCGCAAGGCUUCGUUCAUGUGCAGGAAGCACUUCUACGCCCUCAACGUUAUGAUCAUCUGCGAUGCGGCGAUGCGGAUCCUGGCCAUCGACCCUAUGCGACCGGGGUCAGACCAUGACUCGUUCGUCUGGCAGACGACCUGGCUGCGCCGACGGUUCCUGGCGGGGCGCAUUGCAGAGCCAGGCGAAUACCUGCUUGGUGACAGUGGCUACCCAUUGGAGCCGUGGCUCCUCAUCCCGGUCUCUGGUGAUCCUUCCGUGCACAGUGCCGAAGGCAGGUUCAACGCUGAGCACAUCACCAUGCGCUCCAUUGUGGAGCGGUGCAUUGGCAUGCUUAAAGCCCGCUUCCGGUGCUUGCAGCGUUACCGCACCCUCCACCACGAGCCAGAGCGUGCUGCUGACAUUAUUGCAGCAUGUGCUUCCCUUCAUAAUCUAUGCUUAGGUGAGGGUGCCACUGAGCCGGUUGAUGAGUUUGAAGGCAUUGAAGACUUUUUCAGCAGCAGCAGCAGC